AUGCAUCGCCUGCCCAGACAGCAGGACGACGGCGCUCUGAACUCGCCGCGCUCGAGUCGCGCGCCGAGCAUCAGCAGCGAUCGCCAGUCGACCGCCGGUUCCACAAGCACAAUCGCUGCCGUUUACGUCCCGUCUGCUGCCUUCCAGCCACCGCCCGCCUACGUCGCCGUCUCUGCCGCGUCGCAGAUCGUCACAGACCACCAGAAUGCCACCCUGCUCGACCAAUUGACCCCCGAGGAGGCCGACAAUGUGCCCGCCGAGAGCGCGCUGUGCUCCGAGGUAGCCCUUGGCCUGCUCAAUGGCUUCCUCGACUCGCUCCUCUUCUCAGUCCUGGCCACUGGCCGCUCGCGCUCCCUGACAACGAUUAGGCCGGCCGUGCAGGAAGUCCUGAAGCCGAGACUGGCACGCGAGGCCAUGAAGGCCGCAGAUGAAGAGCUCUCUGGUCUUCUGGCGGGCGACGAUGACGAGGAGGAGCUCCCAAGUGGUAACGAUGUGAAGUGGAACCUGGAAGCUGUGUUCAAGCGCACGCGUUUGCGUAUAAUGGUCUACACCCGGCUAGGCGAGCUGGAAGACGAGGAUGAGGAGCGUUUCCUCGAAGAAGAUGAAGUGUACGCGGAGGAUGAGGAAGCCAGGGACGCCGGCCUGGUCUCCUGGGCCGCAGCCAUCUUCCUCACCUCUGUCAUCGAAUACAUUGCUGAGCAGACCCUCAUUGUGGCUGGCCAAGCUGCGUUCAAACGUGUGCGCACCAAGCGGAGGAGGGCCACCCAAACAUCAGUGACCAACGAGACUGAGCUGGAAGAACUGGAGCGCACCAUCGUCCAUGACUUCGACAUGGAGAAGGUUGCACUGAACUCGGCACUCGGCCGCCUGUGGCGGACAUGGAAGAAGACCAACCGUGCACCGACUACGCCCAUCACUGCAACUGGGCGCUCGUCGCUCUUCAGCAGCUCCUUUUCUUUCAACGGCCAACGUAGGUACAGCACUGGAAACGCACACGAUGCUCCCAGUGCGGCUGCGCUUGCGGAAGUGCCUGAAGUGGAGUACUCCGAACGCGACAUUGCGUCGAACAUUCCUCUUCCUAUGGGGAAGAACGACGUCGACGAAAUCGAAGUCCCCGGUCUCGCUGAGACUUACGAGGAGGUGGACGAGAGCGCGACUCCACCACGAAAGAAUAAGAAGCAGCGCCCGAUGAGUUGGCUCGCUGCUCCAGGGUCAGGCCGUCACCUGAUUCGUUCGCGUUCCAGCUCGAUGCCUACGCUCAAGCAGUUGGCCGAACGGCACGCGUCGGUGACCAGUGAAGAAACGCUUGGUGGUACACCGCCUUUCCAGACGCCCGCAGAAUCCUUCAAUCAGCGUGAGGAUUAUAUCGCUGAAGGCGAGCAAAUCGCCGAAGCGAAUCAGACGCAAAACUCCACGGAGAAGGAUCAGACUGCCGAGGUGAAAGAAUCGUUCGAUGAAAGGGACCGCGAGGAAGUGUCGUCGAUCAUCGCAGAGACCGGAUCCCUUCCUGGAGCUGCGUCGCCGCCAUCUGCGCCUCCACUUAACCGCCGGAGUAUAUUGAGGGAUCGUUCUCCAAAGCCGCUGCAGCUUGGAAGGGACAUACUUGCCAAUGCAAAGCCAACGGAUUCGAACCGUGCCAAUAAGCAGCGCGUCGAGAACAAAGUCGAAAUCAAGCCGAAGCCGUUCAAGGCGAAUUCGGCAGCUAAGGGAAGCAGAGAGGACAAGUCUGUUAAGCCAACAACAUCGAGUGACGUUCCUGGGCUAGCGAUGACGACGGACGUUGCCAAGUCUGGGCCUCCGUCGCCCCUUCCUGCGGGGAUCGAUGACGCAGUCCCCAGAGAGAAGCGGCCCGCUAAUCGCCUGUCCGUGUUCCCCCCGCCCGCAAAGAAUCAUGUCAGUCCUUCCACCGAAGCGCUGCCCACCAGGGAGCCAGUGCCCAAGGACGCGUCAAAAGAGCCCUUCCCAUCGGGGCCCGUGAACGAGGAAUCCAAGUUGAAGCAGACACCUUCUAUGGAAUGGACCAGAGACACGGACAGCGGCGCCAACAACCGUGUCAGCAGAGCGCUUCGCUCGCAGACUGUCUCUACUCAAGCGUCGCAGACGGUGCCUCAGGGACCACCGUCGAUUUCGGCACUCUCCACGCAGACUCGGGACAGCUCCACCUCGCGACGAUCCCACGACAGUCUCAGAGGCAGAGCCACGGCGGCCGAGUUUGGCGUGGAGCGCGCGGGCCUGCAGCGCGUGUCUUCGAUCUCGUCUGCCGGGACGUCGAUUCUUCAUACGUCACGCGGCUCUGAGUCCAGCAUUCCCACUGCCGGGGCCACCCGGCGGCCGGCCGGUAAUUCGAGGAAAUCGGAAGACGACCGUGCGCGAGACUUUGACGCAGCUAUUGCGCAAGCCGACACUGUUUACUAUACGCUCACUCCUGAAAGGAUGCGCGAGGUGAGUAAGGAGCGCGAGAGGAAAGCCAGAGCCGAGGCUGAGGCCCGCGACCAGGCUACGCACGCGAGAUCUGCAGCUGCCGCUCAGGUUUCAGUGUUCCCACGUGGGCCCCACAGCGGAUCGGGCUCGAGCCAACAGUUGCAGCGCUCCAACUCCUCUUCGCGGGGAUCUGUCAGCAGCAAGCAAGGGAAGAGCACAAUUUCCGACGAUUCUGCGAAGGAGGCGAAGGCUUCACGGCCGACCCCUAUUAAUCAAGUUGGAAACAUCUACACGCGCAAUAAGUAUAUGCCCCGAGAGCCGAGAGUGCAGACCGACCCGACCUUCGACUUGCGCGACUUCCUCAUCUCAACCACUCCUUCCAGCAACGACAAGAACGUAGUCCCCCUCGACACUUCCUUCUCGCGUAGCGCAGACAACAGCCCUGCCACCACCACUCCCACGGGCGCCAGGGCACUCUUGUCCAAGACCAACUCUCGCUCUCGCACUAGCUCUCGAUCCGGCAAAAACUCCUUUAGCGAAGGCUCGUCUCUUUCCCUCGCAACCCGAAGGAAGCUGGAGGCCCGUAGUCCGGCUGGUCCUGUGCACGUCGACAACGACCUCAUUGAUUUGAUACGCCAAGGCCCGCCUGGUUCUGACCACCGCAUUCCCCGUACUGUGGCCCCAUUCCGUGACACGAUGGAUUCGGAACAGAUGGAGCUCUACUCGAACAGUGGCGUCGCACCUUCCGUUCAUUCCCAGACCACAUCCAACUCCCGCAGCGCAUUGCUAUCGAAGCAAAACAUGGGUCAGCCCGCUUACGACAAUGACCCUUCGUUCUUGAGUGGCGGCUUCCCCGACGGGCCAGCGGUUACCAAAAACCGACCGAAGAAGAGGUUCGAUCCUUACGCCAUCCCGGACGACGAUGAGCUCGAGGAAGAGUUUGAGGAGCAGUUUGGCGACGACUUUGACGAGGUUGACGACGAGCUCACCGCGCUGCCGGGCAGCACCGGUGGACCCGUGUCCACACCACCAAGCGGCCUCGCGAGCGAGAACAGCACGGCCCCGGAAUCUUCUGCUCCCCAGCAAAAGGCCAAGACGGCGACGUCGGAACUGGCAGACUUUUUCGCGAGCGAGCCGCCCACCAGAGCAGCGGCCGAGGCUCCCGUGCAGCCCUUCGUCCUGUCCGAAUCCACCCUCAAGGCCAUCAAGGGCGGCGGCUCCGCCACCGCGGCAUCCGCAAACGGCGUCCGCGCCGCUUCGUCGCACGGCAACACCUCCAGCAACCCUGGCGGGGGCGUCGGCAUCCCCGCGUCCCACCACACCGCCGACGUCUCCGGCGGCAAUUCUCGACUCGGCACCUCCGCGUCGAACGGCAGUUUCGGCAGCGGCAUGGCCAAGCGCAGCAACACGCUGCGUCAGACGGGCGCGAGGGGCGCGCGCAUGGGAGAGAGCGAGGAGCGCGGCGGAUUGAGCGAGAUGGCGGACUUCCUCAAGAACUCGGGUCCUCCGCCCGCCAUGGACGAGAAGCCGCUUCCGUUUGUGAAGUUCGGAAAGGAUGGCAACCCCAUCGAGCCCGGCCAGAAGGAGAAGAGCAGAGGCAUUUCGAGGUUUUGGAAGAGAUGA